AUGAUCAGCACUCCGAAGCCCUUGGGCGUCAGCGCCUCCAACAUAAAGAAGAGGGUCGUCGCGAAGCUUGCCACGACCUUCAAAGUCAAGCCCCGCUUCUCGAGCAACCAGUCGCCCGACGAUGUGGCAGACAGCUUCGAGGAGUGUAGCUUCGACAGCCGCGGUCGCAUCAGCGAGGUCGUCCAGAAUGUGAAGGACACCUCCACGCUGACCACCGCGAUGGCCAACAUCGGCCUGCAACCACCCACGGACAAUGUCCAGGCCUCCGAGCCCACCACCGACGCCGUUUCCUCUACGGAGGGCGGCCCAUCCACCCCUAUUCCAACCCCCGCUACCGCCAUCGGCAACACUGCCUCAGCCGAUGUUAUCGAUGAUGCCCAGGCUUCGUCGGCCCCCGUCCCAUCUACCACUACUAUUGCUACCACUACCACCACUACCACCACCACCCCAACUACCCCUUGCAUCGUCAAGCCUGUGCCGGUGACGCCCGUCCCCUACUCAGUCUUCCAGGAAGGCUGCAGGAUCGCCGCCGACCAGCUUCGCGACCGCGCGUCCCCGCGCCGCGACACCCGCCGCUACAGCCCGCUCUCCUCGCGCAGCGGCAAGACCACCACGAGGGACCGCGUCCGCGCCAUACGCGGCCUGUCCGACGACGAGUCCGACGACAGCGCCUACAGCGUCCGGUCCCCGUCGCCCAAGCACGCCCUCGGGCACCUGCUCAACGAGCAGGACAUCGCGCCCGUCUCGCGCGAGGCCUCGCCUUCGCCGGCCUACGCCGCUGUCGCCGCCGCCGCCGCCGCUGCCGUUCAGCCUGAGGCUGUUGACGACGCUACCCACCACGAGGCCGCGCGCGCCGAGCUCGCCGAUGACGAGGGCGACGAGUCGAGCGUCAAGAAGACCAAGGUCACCACCGCUCGCACCACCAGCCUUGACACGCGCAAGGUCCGCCAGAAGGCCUCCGCGAUGGUUCGCAAGCUGGACAACGGCAGCCGCCACGCCGUGCAGAAGAGGAAGAAGGCCUCUGCCAGGCGCCCGGUCAAGAAGAAUAUCCACCCACCCGCCUGCUUCUUGUGGGCCCUUUAUUUCAACCGGGUUGCCGAUGGCACCGCGACGGAGGAGGACAGGAAGUAUGUUGAGCAGCAGGAGCGAGAGCAGUACGGGGCGAUGAGCGAUGAGGAGGAGGAGGAAAGCGAGGAGGAGAGGUGCGAGGAGGAGGCGAGAGGUGUUACGGGGGAGAGGAUGGGCGAGGAGGAGAGUGACGAGGAGGAGUCGGAGAUGGAGGAGGUCAUGGGCGCCGACGACUCGUUCGUCGUGUGUUUCAGCCUCUCGCCCGCGUCGUUUUCGGACGACGAGGAGAUGGACAGCUCGGAGGACGAGUUCCUGGGCGCCGUGCCCGGGUACGUCGACUUCGGCCACGGAGACGCCGCCUACCCUGCCUUCAGCUACCUCGCCCCGGGCGAGUACGCGAAGGGCGGCUACGGCCCCUGGGAGGCGCGCGAGGACACGUACAUGGACGGCAGCGACUACGCCUACCCCUACACCUACCCCCACUCGAACGGCGGCAUGGACAGCGGCGACCGCGGCGACUUCGAGGAGGACGCGGCGAUGGACGACGCGGACGGCGAGGCGGGCUACGCGGCGGCGGCGGGGGGUAAGUACGCGGCGUACCAACCCAUGCUGGUGGGGCGGGGCGCGAUGUACGGCGGCUGGUGCGGAGCCGCGAUCGAGCUCGCCUAG